AUGCAAUUCGGUGUGGAUGAUCAGGACGAGGUUGCCACCUCCUACAUUUGCCAUGCUAUUGAUCACAUCAACUCCAGCGGUCUAUGGUUUGGAGAUGACCCUCUUGCCUUCUCUGUCCCAUUAUUGUUGUUACAGCUUUCCCUCAUCUCAAUCUUCACCCGGUCAAUUUCCUUCCUCCUCAAGCCCUUUGGACAACCUUCCAUUGUUUCUCAAAUUCUUGGUGGUGUAAUUUUAGGUCCUUCAAUUAUGGGGCGCAACGCGGCAUUUGCAAACAAAGUUUUCCCACCUAAAGGGAGAGCUCUGUUUGAGACAUUAUCAGUUUUUGGCUUUAUGCCUUUUGUGUUUUUAAUCGGGGUUAAGAUGGACCCCAACAUAGUUCUAAGAUCAGGUAAGAGGACCAUAGCUAUAGGAGUCUUAGCCUUCUCAAUUCCUUACGUACUAGCCGGAUUCGUCGCCUUCAUCCUCAAGCAUUUUCUCUCUUUGGAUCAUGAUGUUUCCAGUGUCCUCCCACUCGUCGUUACAAUACAGUCCCUGACAGCCUUCCCUAGUAUUGCUUGCUUUCUUGAUGAGCUCAGAAUUCUCAAUUCAGAGAUUGGACACCUAGCUUCUUCUUCUUCAAUAGUAUGUGAUGUGUGUUAUUGGUCUAUUGUAGCAGUGAAGUUUGUUGCUCAUUUAGCUUCUCACAAGUCUGUAAUAAUGUCUGUUGGGUAUUUAUCCUCAGUUGGCCUACUUUUUGUAUCUAUAUUCUACGGAAUCCGUCCCGCAGUUUUGUGGGCAAUUCGACAGACCCCUGAAGGAGAACCUGCAAAGGACAUAUACGUUUUUGGUGUUCUGGUAGCCUUAAUGGUAUGUGGAUUUAUGGGAGAAGUUGUUGGUUUGAAUGCUUUUGUUCCAUCUUUCCUUCUAGGUUUGGUCAUUCCAGAUGGCCCGCCACUUGGAGCUGCUUUAGUAGAGAAACUUGAUUGCUUUGUCUCUGUGCUACUCAUGCCCAUCUUUUUCACCAUGUGUGGACUUAGAAUGGACAUUUUCGCCAUUCAGCAAUUUAAGAAUGUGGGCGUUAUUCAGUUGACUGUUUUUGUUGCCUUUUUUGGCAAGAUUUUUGGAGCAGCACUGCCUCCUCUCCUUGACAGAAUGCCAAUUCUGGAUGCUCUCUCGCUCGGCCUUAUCAUGAACGCAAAAGGCGUCGUUGAACUCUUUAUGUUGAUGUCUUGGAAAGCGGAAAAUGUUGUGAAUGACGAAUGCUUCGCUAUUAUGAUGAUCGCUGUGGUGAUUGUUACAGGAGUUGUCUCACCUCUUGUGAAAUCCCUCUAUGAUCCUUCAAAGCGUUUCCUUGCGUACAGAAGGAGGACUAUUUUACACCACAGGCAGGACGAAGAACUAAGAAUGCUGGCUUGCAUCCAUAGACAAGAAAAUGUCCCGGCAAUCAUGGACCUCAUUGCAGCCUCCAAUCCCACCAAAGAGAGCCCUAUCAAUUUGGUUGUCCUCCACCUCGUAAAGCUCGUAGGGCGCGCUUCUUCUCUCCUUGUCCCCCACCAGCCACGCGAAAAGCCAUCGCUGUAUCCUUCCCAAUCCGAGCGGAUCUUCAACGCCUUCAAGAAGUUCGAAAGACACUACAGCGACCACAUGACAGUGCAUUGCUUUAAAGGCAUUUCUCCCUACGCGACAAUGCACAAUGAUGUCUGUUCUCUGGCGCUUGAGAAACGAUCAACCUUCAUUAUCAUCCCUUACCACAGGUUGUGGAUUAGUGGGACGGUAGUGGAGUCAUCCCACUCUCUUCGGCACCUCAACAAGAAUGUGCUCGACAAGGCUCCUUGCUCAGUCGGAGUCCUCAUCGACCGAGGGAACCCCAGGAAGGUCCUGGCGACCCUUCGCAUAAACAUGUCUUUAUACAGAGUGGCGGUACUCUUCUUCGGGGGAGCUGAUGACCGAGAAGCACUGGCAUAUGCUGGCCGCAUGUCGAAGCAUUCCAAUGUUUUCACCACUCUCUUCUGCUUCUCAUCUUCGUCCGAUAUUGUUGGGGGAAGCGCGAGGAGCAAGGCCCUCGACACUGACGUUCUGAGCAAGUUCAGGCUCAGCGCCUUCCGCAAUGAUAGGGUGUCUUUUGAGGAGGUGACAGUCGCCGAACGGCAGGGAGUGCUUAGCGUGCUGAGGUCGUUGGAAGGCGGUUAUGAACUUGUCAUGGUUGGGAGGCGCCACGAGGAGUCGUGGCUGAUAUCCGAACUCACGAAAUGGAAGGAGCGUGGAGAAUUGGGGAUGAUAGGAGAGAUACUCGCCAGUUCUGAUAUCAGAAUUGGUGCUUCGGUUUUGGUAGUGCAACAACAGACCAGAGUUUGGGGGCUGCGUGAUCCUGAGGAAUCCUUGCGCUUGAAAAGAGAGAGUACUAGACAGGAUCUUUGACGUGAUCUUUUUGUAAUAAUAUGUAUAUUCUUUAUUUGGUAUCUUCUUCAUUUUUCUUCGAAUGUAGAUAUCAUGAAUACAGAUAGAACGGGACAAGUAAUCAUCA